AUGUGGGCUUACAUUCUGCUUCUCGUGCUAACGAGCAUGUCUCUCGCCUUUCCGACCGACUUCGCUGUUAAACGCCCCACUUUCGGCCUGCCCGCUUCCAAUUUGGGCAGUUUUUUGGAUGUGGCUGGUGAAGCUUUUGACCUGGUUGACACAGCCCUCGGCAGCAGUGCUCAUGCCUCGAUGGACAUCCCUGCUGGUCUAAGCCCCCAGGGUGCGGCUGCGCUGGGAGGUAGUGCUCUCGGAUGCAGCGCCAGCAUCAUCGACGUUGGCGCCCGCGAGGAACUUAGAUCCUGGCUGGCUAGCCAGACUGGCAUCACCGGUUCCCUGAAACCCUUGCUCCAGUCCUGGUGUGAGAGCGAAGGCUCCACAACGCUGGGUACCGAUGUUGUGGCUGCUCUAUCCGUCCACAUCCCUACCUGUGCUCAUAUUGCCGCUAAAGGAUUGUUGUACAUCACCGUCGACGGCAUUUUCCCCGCUGGCGAGCAUCAGGAAGCUUCAGUCCUAGAUACAUCUGACCAAGAGUCCCUGUCCGCAUUUCUAUCUGCUUAUGACAGCCUUGGCGCUGAUAUCCAUGCUGGGCUCAGCGUCUGCGCAGCUGGUGGUGCCGCUAUCAGCUUGGAUGCUCAUUUCAAGGCCUCCCUUCUCGCUUGGACUCAGGCCUCUAACUGCCCACUCAGUGCUAAUCUGCAGCGGUCCGUCCUUGCUUGGUGUCAGGGUAGCCGUGGCGGAGAUCUCACUACGAUCAGCUCCUCCACUGACUCCACUCUAAUUACUUUCUCAGUUGGGGCUUCGGUUGGGGCUUUCGUCGAGGAGGGUGGCCCCCUUUCCGCCCACGCUCAGGCCGCUCUGAAGAACUUUCUUGAUACCAGGCUGGCGACCGAUAUCGACGCUAGUGUCCUGGCUGGGCUGACUGCUUGCGCGGCUGGAAGCUAUGCUACUUCCAUCGAUGUUGAUAUCCGUACCGCAGUCGCUGCCUGGCUCUCCAGCUCCCGCUGCUCUCUGGGCGUCGAGCUGAAGGCUAUUGUCUUUCUUUGGCUAUCCCGAGCUACUUCUGCUGAAAUGCCUCUCAGCCAUCUCAGCGGCCCGGCGGCUGAUCUUGCCGGCCUACCCACCGAGGAUACCGUGGGAUCUCUCAGUACCAUUCUCCGCGCAGCACUAGGUCUCGUACGCGCCGGUGGGAGCCUGUCAUUUCUGUCCUGGGAGACUCGCGCUGAGCUGGCUGCUUUUCUAAGUGGCUGCACCACCAUCGAUAUUGGCGCCAGCUUACAGCUCAUCCUAAUUGAAUGGUUCACUGGCUGCAGUAUCCUCGACGCUUCGUCUCCGUCCCUCUUCGUCUCCGGCUUGCCAUCUUCUACAUUAAACAUCGCCAGCACCAACACUACCAUGAGCGCUGUUGCCACUCCCUCUGUGCCCGCACAAUGUGGUUCUUUUAUAUCAUGUCUUACACCUUCCAGGUCUUUAACUACCGGUCCUGCUCUUUCAAUUCCUCCCUCUGGUGGCCUCACUCCCUCGAAUCAUGCUGGUGGCGUCACAAGUACCUCAAUCACUCCUAGCCAGCCCGCUAUUACACCAUAUAGCAUUCCGUUCAUCAUCACCAAUGACAUUAGUGUUUCCAAUACAGCUUCCCCUGGAGCUGAAAUUACCGACACACAAUCCUUGUCUACAACAGUGGACAGUCCUCUGCCGGACAAUAUAUCUGGUUUGGGGUCGGGGUCGGGAUUAGGCUCAGAAUCAUGCUCAGGAUCGUCGACAUUGUUCUAUACCACAUAUACUCCAGCUCCAACUCAGUCUCCUCUAUUCCCUGUUGGCGGCUUCGCCUCCGACUAUAUCACCACUACCAUUACCGUUACGAAGACAGUCUGCGAGUGCGAGGGAACAAAUUCUCCUACACCAUUUCAAAACGUCUACACUUAA